GAAGCUGUCCACCGCAGCAGUACGUAUUUGGAUCACCGGGAUGCGCGGGAAAUCCAAUGGGCUGAGUGGUGACCUGACGUUGAGAGUAACGAUCCGGAAACGGCCAAUGUAUCGAUCGUAUUGCGCGCAGCUUGUCAAGUCUGUGGCAGGCAACUCCAUGAUAAGUGCACAGCGCGAAGUGGAGAGGUGUGGACAGGGGCAGCGCAAAGUGGAAGUUUCAAGGCCAAGAAUCCCCGGAUUUGUGGUGUACAGUAGGGCCGGUGAUGACUUCCUGAAGAAGGAGGAGAAGCCGCGUGAUAAAUCUCGGUUGGCCAGAAGUUUGUUACACUCAUCGGUGCUGCCUCUGCUGGAUUUCUGGAAAACGAACAGCUCCCCCUCUUUCUAUUCUCCCUCUCUCACAUGCCAGGCAACCCCGUCCCGCAUCCGCAUCUUCCCGUUCCCAGCUGAGGUGAGUGGGGUGCUGCGCUAUAUGCAAGUACUCACAAACGCUCCAGCAAGCACGAUUCAUCACGACGAGACGAACUGUCAAUUUGAGGGGCGCGCAAGAAAAGGGCGUUUCUUGGUAUUCCUGUCUAGCCCGGUGGCUGCACAGGUGACGGAGGCUGGCCGCACGCUCGGCCAAGACAACCGUUUUGCACUAAAGGCGCUGGCAGGCUGCACCUGCGCUGCUCUGUGAGCGGUGGAUCGACCGUUCUUAGGCUGUUCCCCAUCUCGCUCUCCCCCAUCUCGCUCUCGGCCCACCCCCCUUCAAACCCUCAAAGGGCAACGAGCAUCAAUCAUCGCACGACCUCUUGGAUCUCCUGGACUUCCGUGUCUUCGGUAAGCCGGUGCUUUGUCUUUCACCACCUCAUUUCACCUUCGAAGCACCAUUUCUUGCCAUUUUACAAUCAAAUUGCCCUUCAAUGUCUGCAGGCAGAUAGCUAGCUAGCCAAGGAGGUUCCAAUUAGUCUCCCAGAUUCCACGCAGCUCCGGAUACAGACCAGACCUUCGCCUCAUUGAACAACAGCACCGGCUCGAAUUAGAUCGCUGGAUUUUCCAAGUACAGCAUACCUUAACUCAUCCCACCGUUCGCAGUUCGGAUUCCUCAGCCCACCGUCUCAAACACGCACGCGAUAUACUUUGCCUCGUCCAUAUACAUCGACCGACGUCCAGCGAACCUUGUCCAGUCAAGAUGGAGAUCGAUUCAACGCCUCCGGCAGCCCCCGCGCCGGCAUCCAACAAGCAAACGUCCACAUCUCCGCAACAGUCGGUAUCGCCAUCUGCCGCCCCGUCAGCGGCAGGCACGACAUCCACAACCAACACGGCCGGUGGAUUGAGCUUCAGGAGACAACGAGCCUCAAGAGCAUGCGAGGUUCGAUGCGAUGCCGCCAGCCUCGGCGUGCCAUGUACCAACUGCGUCGCCUUUCAGAUCGAAUGCCGCAUCCCUACCCCGAAGCGCAAAAAGGUGGCUAGCAGCAUCGCCCAGUCCAAGGAUUCUGAUAGUGAACGAGGCGAGGUCGACGAUCGAUCAUCAUCACUUCCUCCCGGGUCCAGCACUUUUCCCAGUGGCACCCGACCUCCUGCUGUCUAUCACACCCACGAAGCUACCCCCUUGACCGCCCCUACCGAGGAGCAACAGAAGAAGGAGGAGUUUGAUAAUGCCACCUUGGCCAACUAUAUGAAUCUGGUCAUGAAGCCCAAGUUUACGCGGGCCCCCAUCACCGAGGCCGGCAGGGUGGCCUACCUUGGAGAGUCUUCCAACCUGACGCUGCUUGUUCACGACCGUCAGAGCUCGGCAGAUGUCGUCCACUACCCGCUGCCAGAGAAUAUCAAGGGAUCCAGGGCACGACUGACAGAGCUGGACAAUGUCGAGAUUGAAAUCCUGCACCAGCGAGGAGCCUUCCUGCUCCCGCCAAGGUCCCUCUGCGACGAGCUGAUCGACUCAUACUUCAGAUGGAUCCAUCCCGUCGUCCCUGUGAUCAACAAGACCAAGUUCAUGCGCCGGUACAAGGACCCCAAGAACCCGCCGUCUUUGCUUCUGCUACAAGCCAUGCUGUUGGCAGGGUCACGGGUGUGUACCAAUUCUCAGUUGAUGGAUGCCAACGGCUCUUCGACGCCGGCAGCCUUGACUUUCUACAAGAGAGCCAAGGCUCUGUACGAUGCCAACUAUGAGGAUGAUCGGGUGACCAUUGUCCAGUCCCUUUUGUUGAUGGGGUGGUACUGGGAAGGUCCCGAGGACGUCACCAAGAAUGUGUUUUACUGGACCCGUGUCGCCACCAUCGUCGCCCAGGGCUCGGGCAUGCACCGGAGUGUGGAGGGGUCACAGCUCAGCAGGUCUGACAAGAGGUUAUGGAAGCGCAUCUGGUGGACACUGUUCACUAGGGAUCGGUCAGUGGCGGUUGCGCUUGGGCGGCCUUGUCACAUCAACCUUGAUGAUUCGGACGUGGAGAUGUUGACCGAGGAUGACUUCAUCGAGGACGAUGCCGACCACCCUACUGGCGAACACCCGCCGGAUCCCAUUCACGUUCAGUUCUUCUUGCAGUAUGUCAAGCUCUGUGAGAUUAUGGGCUUGGUGUUGUCGCAGCAGUACUCGGUGGCGGCCAAGGGCAGGCGGCAGAACGCCAUCGACCUCACACACAGCGACAUGGCGCUUGCGGACUGGCUUCAAAACUGCCCCAAGAUUGUGUACUGGGAGAUGCCGAGGCAUCACUUCUGGUCUGCGCUGCUUCAUUCCAACUACUACACCACACUCUGCCUGCUUCACCGCGCCCACAUGCCUCCGAGUGGCUCCCACAGGUUCCCAGAAGACUCGGCCUACCCAUCACGCAACAUUGCUUUCCAGGCGGCGGCCAUGAUUACCUCGAUUAUUGAGAACCUCACAGCUCACGGGGAGCUCCGCUACUGCCCAGCGUACGUGGUGUACAGCUUGUUCUCGGCGCUCAUCAUGCACGUCUACCAGCUCAGGUCACCGGUGCAGUCCAUUCGACAGGUUACGCAGGAUCGGAUCCGCACUUGCAUGGAUGCUCUUAAGGAUGUGUCCAAGGUCUGGCUGGUGGGCAAGAUGGUGCACACCCUUUUCGAGUCGAUUCUCGGAAACAAGGUGCUUGAGGAGAGGCUGCAGAAGGCGGCUGGCAAGAGACACCGCAAGGCGCAGCAGAGCCUUUCUCAACUGGAACAGCAUCAGCGGAUGCAAGAGAAGCGCAAAUACGACGAGAUGGCGAUCGAUUUCUCGGUUAACACGCCACAGCCACAGCACCAGGAGUCUUAUGAACGGUCCCGGCCACAAACGCCCAGUUUCCUGAACAAGGAGCAGAAUCCAAACGCGAUGCCUCCCCCCACCGCCACCGCCACAGCCACGACCUCACCGCCGCCUCACACCCGCAACAACGGCGACGCAUUCAUGGGCGGGACCGCCUCACGCCCGCACACCCGACCGGCAACGCCAUUUAACCCUUCGUUCUCUGUUCCAGCCACGCCACCGGACCUCUAUCUGGUCACGAGAAACUCACCUAACCUGUCGCAGUCCAUCUGGGAAAACUUUCAACCGGAUCAGUUGUUCCCCGAGGGCGUCCAAGCGCCGUUCCAGGGGCAGUUUUCGCCGCACCAGCACCAUCAGAACAUGGACGCCUCGGUCAUGGCUCAGAUGCAGAACCAGAACAUGCAAGGUGGGCCCGCCCCCGUGGACGGACAACAUCAGUUUGGACAAGCUUUGCCAACCAACAGAGGACUAGCAGGUAGCCCGAUGCAAAAUACGAACAACAACAGCAACAAGAACGGACUGCUCCAGCCGGGGAUGGCUGGGUUCCCGGGGAACCAGGGGGCGAAUAUCUGGCAGACGAACUUUGACAGCCAGAUGGUGGAUGGGAACAGCCCGAGCGACAGCUGGAGCACGAGCUCGGUGCAGGGGCAGCCGCUUCCCUCGACGAUGAAUGUGGAAGACUGGUUUCAAUUCUUUGGGAUCAAUGGCGAGGCUCAGCACGGGCUUGGGUUUGAUAAUGUAGCUGCAGCGGCUGGGUUAGGGAAUAUGAUGUAG